AUGCAGAUCAAAGACCGAGUGUUCUACGUCACAGGCGGUGCUUCCGGACUGGGAGCGGCCACGGCCGCACACCUGCAUUCCCUCGGCGCAUACGUCGCGAUCAUGGACUUGCAGCUCGAAGCGGGUCAAAGCUUGGCCGACUCACUCAAUCACCAAAGCGGCUCGAAGCGGGCGGCGGCGUUCGAGGUGGAUGUGUGUUCGGAGGAUGCUGUGAGCGCUGCGAUUGCCGGGUCGGAUGCUUUGUGGCCCCAAGUCACCGUGGGAGGGUGUGUCAACUGCGGCGGGGUGGGGAUGGCAGGCAAGACGAUCAACCAGGACGGCGAGCCAUUUGACCUGGACACGUUCCGCAAGACGGUGGAGAUCAACCUGAUCGGCACGUUCAACGUCUCGCGGCUGACCGCGGCGCGGCUGGUGCGCGAUCUGCCCAAGCCCAUCCCCAAGCCCGCAGAGGCCAGCGAGGAUCUGGGCGUCAUUAUCAACACGGCCUCCGCCGCCGCACUCGAGGGCCAAGCCGGCCAGUGCCCCUACUCGGCAAGCAAAGGAGGUGUCCUCUCGCUCACCCUGCCCAUGGCACGCGACCUGGCCUGGUUCGGCAUCCGAGUCAUGACGCUCGUCCCCACGCUGUUCGAAACACCCAUGAUGAGCCAGCUACCCAAGAGGGCGAGGGAGGCCAUCUUGCGGACGUGCGAGUUCCCCGCCAGGUUCGGCAAGCCCCAGGAGUUUGCACUUGCCGUUCAGGGCGUCGUAGAGAACCCGAUGCUUAACGGCUCAUAUAUCCGCCUCGACGGUGCUUCGCGACUUGGAAAACUCUGA